CAAAGAACGGAGAUAUGUGGAACAGUUGAAUGGUGUGACGUUGUGUUUACAAUAUACGAAGCAAGGUGAUUUAAUGCAUUUUAUUGCUACUACUGUUUGAUGAAUGACUUGAAUUAGGCUUCACGAUGAAUUGAGUCAUCAAUAUUUCUUUUGUUCCUUCAAAAACGAAAUGUUGUUUUGUUUUGAAUCUGUAUAUUUUGUAGGUUUAUGCUAAUAAAAACUUCUAUUUAGUUUUCUUUUGCAAAUUUACUAUUAAUAUAUUGAAAAUGUAAAUCAGAUUAUCAAGUCGGGAUUAUUCCGUUUUAUAAAUACUGAUUGUGUAUUCAUUUUUGUGAUUUUUAUAAAAUUGAAUAUAUUUCUAAAAAUAUGUAUUCCGUACAUUUUUUUUUAAAAUAUUAUAUUACUAGAUAGUAAUCCGCACAGUGUGCGGAAUGAAAUAAUUUAUUAGACUAUUUAUUGUAUGUACUAAAAAAUUUGUUGUAUAGCUUUUUCUAGGGAUGAACAUUCAUAUAUACGUUCAGAUUCAGUUAAUCUAUUUGGAUUUCAAAUUUUUAGAGUUAGAAAUUUAAAUCGUAUUCGGAUAUUUAUAAAUUUGAUUUGAAUUUGAUUCUAAUCAUUGCGGGUUCAGUUUGAAUUUGAAUUCGAGUAUCCAUUUUAAUUAUGUAUUUUUUUAACAAAAAUCUAAAUAUACUUAAAUACUCAAUAUCUUAAAAAAGAAGAAGAAAAAAACAUAGAUUUUGAAUAAUGUAAGACUAAAUAUAUAAAUUUACAUAAGAAUUCAUUCAAAUUAAAUAUUUGGAUGGAGAACAUAUAAAUAUUUUCAGUAUUUUGAACAUUUUCCUGUUAUUUUUAGAUAUUUACUUGUGACUAUGUUCAUAUUUUUUUAGAUAUUUUCAUAUUUUUGAAUAUCUAGUAGAUAUAAAAUUUAAAAUAAGUAACGUAUUUAAGUAUAUAAUUUUGAUUUAGAUAUUUUUGGUAUCUAAAAUAUUUUAGUUUGGAUCAGAUUCAGGUAUUUAUCUGGAUAUUAAACUUUUGAAUCCAUAUCAGUACUUAAUCAAUUUUAGUUUGUGUUUUGUAUUACUUUGUAAUUUAAUUUGGUUCGGUUCUUCGGAUCCAGAUAUUUUACCUAGACUUACUUUAUUCUACUAAUAUAAAGCAAAAUAAAAUAAAUGUAAAACAAAUACUAUCGGCUUAUUUAACAUACAUAAUUACUGGACCAUACUUUUAAGAAUACCAAUAAAAAUAGUUGGACGUCGUGUCAAAAUUGUUGAGAAUUUUGUAAAAUUGAUGUAGUUUAUAACCAAUAAUGUGUAUUUAUUAUAAAACAUAUUGGUAAAUAUUAUAAAAUAUAAUUUAGUGAAAAUAGUUAGAGUUGAUUGGAAAUAAUGUCAUCUCUUCAGUCGGUACCUAAAUUCUGAUUUUAAUCAUUUUCACGAAUUUUCUUUUCUUUUUAAGUUUUUGUGAUUUCCGAUUUUUUCUAACAAUCUGAUUAUGUUUUUAAUUGUUGGUUUGAUAUGAAAAAUCCGUUAAGAAACAUUAUAUUUGGCUAAGCUAAAGAACUGAAUUUGUAUGUGGUAUUUUUUACCUUAGUUUUCUUAAAUCAUACAAAUCAUAAUUAUUUAUUGCCUCCGUUGUGUACAGAAGCCUCAACCAUGGCUAAGUUCCACAAAAUGAUGCGUAACUUUCAAUUUCUGAAAACAUUCUCAGACACGCAUAUGUCUCUUUCGACAUUACUAUAUACUUCUUGAUCUCCUUAUUGGUAUCUUCCCGUGACGCCAUGUAAGCAUCCAAGUCAUUAUAUAUAUCAUUAUAUCUUAUUUUUAAUUUAUUUAGUUUUCUUUUUUCAUGGAUCUUUUUUUAUCUAGUUAUAUCUCUUUACAAAAACCAAAACGUAGUUAUCAGAUUUCAAGAGUGAUCAUAACUCAUGUGUUCUUGCUUAUUAUAUUCACCAUAUGACGCCCGAUAUGAGUUGAGUUUCUGUCUAAGACAUCAAGAACAUCUCUGUAAUAUGUAUUAUAUAAAUUCAAUAACUAAUAAGAUUUAUGUUAUGAAUAAAUUUUAACAAAAAAAAAAAGAAAAGAUUUAUGUUAAUAAGAUUUAACCAAUAAAUUUUUUACCAAUAAAUAAUUUUAUGCAUGUAAUCUGUAGUACAUAAAUUCAAUAAUUAAUAAGAUUUAUGUUAACAAGAUUUAACCAACAAAAGAUUUCUGUCCAUAAAUAGCCCGAAAACAAUGUAUAAAAGUAUAAUAAAUCUACAGUUUAGCACAAUACUUUAAUAAAUCAAUAAGAAAAUUUGUUAAUGUCGUCCACAACUAUAGCCUCCACCACCGCCAUGAAGGUUGAAGUUCCACCUGUUCUAACGUUGCUGAUGCUUCCUGAAGAGUUAAUAUUGAGCUGCUUGGUCCGCGUCCCGAGAUUGUACUAUCCGACUCUCACCCUUGUCUCCAAGAGCUUCCGCUCUCUCAUUAAUUCGCCAGAGCUUUGUAAGACGCGUUCACUUUUAGCUCGCACCGAGAGUUGUCUAUAUGUAUGGUUUCAAUUCCAAAAUGACGAGAACACACAUUGGUUCACUUUAUACCGGAACCCUUAUCAAACCGUCGAUGAUAACUCACAAACGAAUAAAUUAGGUGGCUAUAAAUUAGUUCCAAUUCCAUCUUUAGAUUCUCCUCCCUCGGCCAUGUCAGGUGUUGCUGCAGUUGGUUCUGAUAUAUAUGCCAUUGGUGGAAGUAUUGAUGGCGUUUCUUCGUCUAGCGUCUUCGUCAUGGACACUCACUAUCACACAUGGUGUAAGGCUCCAAGUAUGCAUGUGGCUAGGGUGUCUCCUUCUGCUAGCGUUCUUGAUGGAAAAAUAUAUGUGACAAGUGGAGGAGGGUGGGGAAAACUUGAUAAUACAAACUGGAUGGAGGUAUUCGAUACCAAAACCCGAACUUGGGAGUUUAUGCCGAGUCCUGGCAGCGAAAGCUUUGACUAUGAAAACAUGGCGUUGGAAGGAAGUAUCUACGUGAGGUCUAAUGAAAAAGGAGAGACUUUCAAGCUGAAUAAAGGUCGAUGGAGAGCGGCAGACCUAGCGUUGACUAGCGGAUGGACUUAUAAUUGGAAAAGGUUGUUUUGUUAUUGUGUGAUAGAGAACGUGCUGUACUGUUAUAGUUCCGUAGAUCUCUAUUGGUAUGACUUUAUUGAUAGACAAUGGAGAGAAGUAAAACGAUUGAAAGGACGACUGCCUAUGUCUUCUAAGAAUGAUCAUUAUCGAUUGGCAGAUUAUGGUGGAAAUUUGGUGUUUUUGUGGGAAGAACUUGUGCAUACUAAGAAUGUUCAAAACAAAACGUUAGUUUGGUGUGCUGAAAUUUCAUUCAAAAGGCGCCAAAGAACGGAGAUAUCUGGAACAGUUGAAUGGUGUGACGUUGUGUUUAUAUAUACGAAGCAAGGUGAUUUAAUGCAUGUUAUUGCUACUACUGCUUGAUGAAUGACUUGAUUAGGCUUCACGAUGAAUUGAUUCAUCAAUAUUUCUUUUGUUCCUUCAAAAAUGAAAUGUUGUUUUGUUUUGAAUCUGUAUAUUUUGUAGGUUUAUGCUAAUAAAAACUUCUAUUUGGUUUCGUUUUGCAAA